AUGUCUUCCCCUCACGAUCUUCGCGACAAUGGCGACGAGUACGUCAAUGGUCUAUCAAACCAUAAUAACACAGAGGAGCGACUCGGGCCCGACGGUGAUGUACUUCCAAAGACAGACGAAGAAUAUGUCGAAUCCCAAAUGACUCUACGUGCUAUUGUCUCCUCCAAAGAAGCAGGUAUCAUCAUAGGUAAAGGUGGUAAAAAUGUUGCAGAUCUCCGUGAUGAGACUGGUGUGAAAGCUGGGGUCAGUAAAGUGGUUCAAGGUGUGCAUGAUCGUGUGCUGUCAAUCACUGGGGGCUGCGAAGCCGUGUCCAGGGCGUAUGCCACUGUUGCGCGGUCACUUCUUGAAAGCGCAUCUUUAGUGACUAUGUCAAAUCUGGUGUCUAGCUCUGGAUCUCACCCUAUGAAACUGUUAAUAUCUCACAAUCAGAUGGGCACCAUCAUUGGCCGUCAGGGUAUGAAGAUUAAACAUAUACAAGACGCAUCAGGAGUUCGUAUGGUUGCUCAAAAGGAAAUGCUUCCUCAAUCUACAGAACGGAUAGUUGAAGUUCAAGGAAGCCCUGAAGGGAUUCAAAAGGCUGUCUGGGAAAUCUGCAAGUGCUUGAUCGAUGAUUGGCAGCGAGGCGCUGGCACUGUGCUUUAUAACCCCAUUGUUCGCACUCAACCCGGCGCAAAUAUUUCUCACAGCCCAAUAAAUGGUCGCACUGAAUACAAUUCUCGCGUCACGCGUACUGGAAAUGGUGCUGAUUUCAGCGAUGGUGCGCCCCACUCCUACAAUCGUCGCACAGAACCCAGUAAUGGCGGUCAGCGCGGUCCACCUACGCAUGACGAAAAUGGAGAAGAGUUACAAACUCAAAAUAUCAGUAUUCCCUCUGAUAUGGUUGGAUGUAUCAUUGGGAGAGCUGGCAGCAAAAUCAGCGAGAUACGGAAGAUUUCCGGAGCAAGAAUCAGUAUUGCAAAGGCACCUCAUGAUGAUACUGGAGAGCGUAUGUUCACAAUCAUGGGUAGUGCCAAAGCCAACGAGACCGCUCUAUAUCUCCUAUAUGAAAAUCUCGAGGCCGAAAAGAUGCGUCGAAGUCAGGAUAGUAGUCAGGAGUAG